AGACCUCGAAUAUUAGAUAGGAUAUACAUAACGCUUGAGAUUAGACCUCGAAUAUUAGAUAGGAUAUACAUAACGCUUGAGAUUAGACCUCGAAUAUUAGAUAGGAUAUACAUAACGCUUGAGAUUAGACCUCGAAUAUUAGAUAGGAUAUACAUAACGCUUGAGAUUAGACCUCGAAUAUUAGAUAGGAUAUACAUAACGCUUGAGAUUAGACCUCGAAUAUUAGAUAGGAUAUACAUAACGCUUGAGAUUAGACCUCGAAUAUUAGAUAGGAUAUACAUAAUGCUGGAGAUUAGACCUCGAAUAUUAGAUAGGAUAUACAUAACGCUUGAGAUUAGACCUCGAAUAUUAGAUAGGAUAUACAUAACGCUUGAGAUUAGACCUCGAAUAUUAGAUAGGAUACACAUAUUACGCCAAUAG